GAAAUCUUCUCAGUAAAUCGCUCAGCCUACACAGUCUCCUGACAAAACCACAGGCUCGGUAAUGCAGUAUACACUGCAAGAGUGAACUCUAAUAUCUACACUCUACUGCAGGAUACACAAAGCACAAAUCUGAACAUGGAAGAAGCUGACUUGCUGAAGGAGAGGCUCCAGGCCAUCACGGACAAAAGAAGAAUCCAGGAAGAAAUUUCCAAGAAAAGGAGACAGAUUGAAGAAGAAAAGUUAAAACUCCAGUACAUAAAGAAGAAGGCCCUGAGGGAGCAGUGGUUGAUGGACGGCUUGAGUCAGCAGUCGAAGGACGAACAGGAGGCCAUGAGGCUUCAAGCUCAUGACGAACAGCAGCAGAGUGAUCAGCUGCAGAGCAACAUCACCAGAAUAGAGAAGGAGAUUGAGGCCUUGGAAGCGCAAGAACUCAGUAUCUCUGCCAAUGAAGAAGUUGUGCUGAAGCGGUUAAAAGAGGUGGAAAAAACAGCUGAGGACAUUAUCAGGAAAGCUACAUCGGUAGAUCGAGAGACAGAUGGAAAAGAACUGAGGAAAGGUUGCAGCACAACUGAGAAUCACAACUCCAUCACCAUGGAAACAACAGAACAAUCAAAGCUGGAGAUGCAUUGUGAAGUGGUGGUUGCUGUGGCUGAUUCACCUAAACAGGAUUUCACUGCAGAUGAUAAGCAGGUUUAUUCAGAGACAGAUCCAUCAGUCCCAGAGUUCCAGGGGGAAAAGGUAAAACUUGACAUUUUAUUAACUGACAUCCCAACUAACACAAUUGAGACUGACAAGCUUGACUGCUCUGAGACCAAUGUUUGUAAUGAAAAUCCUUGUCAGGAUCAAAAAGAAGCUUUGAUUUUGGAACUGGGGCAUGAAGAGCUCAACAGGAAUGAGUCAGUCACCUCAUCUGUGUCCGACACACACUCCAGCAUAGACAGUGUGUGUGAGAAUGAAACACAUUAUAAGAGGCAUGACACACCAGAACAAGAUGCUCAGCAAGAACAGAUCACUGAACCAGGCCAGUACCCUGAUCAAGAGCAGUACCCUAAACUAAAGCAAUACCCUGAGCCAGAGCAAGACCGUGAGCUAGAGCAGUAUCCUGAGCCAGCACAAGACCCUGUGCUAGAGCAGUAUCCUGAGCCAGCACAAGACCUUGAGCUAGAGCAGUAUCCUGAGCCAACACUAGACCCUGAGCUAGAGCAGUAUCCUGAGCCAGCACUAGACCCUGAGCUAGAGCAGUAUCCUGAGCCAGCACAAGACCCUGAGCUAGAGCAGUAUCCUGAGCCAGCACAAGACCCUGAGCUAGAGCAGUAUCCUGAGCCAACACUAGACCUUGAGCUAGAGCAGUUGCCUGAGCCUGAGCCUGAGCCUGGGGAUAGUGAUAAUCUGAAUUCUGAAGAAGAUGGCUAUCUCAAUCUCACAAUAUACACAGAUGAAGACUCAGAGGCCCACGAAAUCUUAUUUGAACCACCCAUCACAGAAGAAUCUAUAUCAGCACAGUGCAUUAAAGAAGAGGCAAUGUCAGAUGUUUUCACUGAAUCCUGCCAUGAACCUGGCCCUGAAGAAAUGGACGAAUGUCUGAGGGUUGAGAUUGCAGCAGCUUCAUCAGAUAGUGAGACAGAUGAAAAAUGGAGAACAAUAUUCUCGUCUUCUAUUAAUAAAGAAGAUGAUGAUUCAUAUUUGGAUAGUCUUCAAUUGAGUGCCCAGGAGCUCUUUGUGCAAAAAGUUGAGGUGACAGACUUUGAAGACCAAGACAACAACUCCUUUGACGAAGUGUGCUUUGAGGUCCCACAAGUGGAAGAAAUUCUGGAACAGCCUGAGUAUAACAUUUCUUUUCCUACGGCUCCAGAAGAGGUUAAAUAUAGCCCAUUAUGUCUUCAAGGUUUGUCCAAAAUAUCUGAAUAUGACAGUGAAAAUGGUAGAAAUGCCAGUCAUAACCACACCAGUCACCAACCACACAUCAAUGCAGAUACAGUCAAGAAGCUACCUAAAGACUUCUGUGUGAUACAAGAGACCAAGAGUGAGAAUGUUAGUACAGAGCAUGUGGACUUCCAGUUGGCACGUAAACAGUGGCGGGAAAUGGAGGAGCAAACCAAAAACAAGGUAGUCUUACCAACAACCAAGCAGCUGAGCUUCCACGGCAGCCACAGCUUCAUGUACACUCCAGUGCGCAACAUUGACAGAACACACAAGAAAGUACAUGGUCUGGAGAACUUAAAUCUGGUGGGGGAUUAUCCUCACACCCAAUUCAGCCCCUGCUCAGAGGAUUCUGGUUUGGAUGAUUUCAGUUACAGGUCCCCUUAUGAUGAUCCAGAAACACCAGUUGAAAGGGAGAUUCGCAUAUCACUGGAGAGGGAAGAAAACUUCAAAAGGGAGAGGGGCCUAUCCAGGAUGGGUAAAUCAACAGACUGUGCUCCAUCAAGAACUAUCCCUAGAUCCAUAAGUACUCCAUUGACGCCAUCAUUUAUCAUCACCUCAUCACCUACUAAGGAACCACUGAAGCAUGAAUUGUCAGCUAACAAUGUAAUCAUUUUGGACCCUAGCAAUGAUUUCACCUCUGGUUCUAGACAUGUUGAAGACAACAUGAAUGUUCAGUCUGGUGAGUGGCACACCGAAGACAGCAGCUCCAAUCUCAUCAUCCUGGAGACAUCCAAUCUGAUUAUUCGCAGUGCCUCUGAGUUCUCCCUUAGCAAAGCCUGUGACCAGCCCCAGGAAAAAAUGUUCCUGAACAACCCAUUUUUCAAACUGCGUUCAAGAAGCACAAUAUCCUUGGUUGAUGAAGAGAUUAAGAUGGUGAAGCAGAGGGAGGAUGAGCUAAAAAAAGAGAGGGCAAACCUGUAUGCCAAAGGCAGGUUCAAUACUGAAAGAGUAAUGUCAAGUCACAUGGAGAAUUUGGCCUUUAAUAAUUCAGUUGAUGUCCCAGUGAAGUGCAAAUCCUCUCCAUCAUCUCCAAUGAAAAAUGCCCACAGGAUGGAUCGCUCUGCUCUAUCAUGUGAUCACAGAUUUCCAGAUGUCCACACAGGAGGAAGACGCAAGAGUGCCAUGGCUUUGCGCUGGGAGGCAGGCGAGUUUACAAAAAAUGACUGAAGUGGAGCAAGUCAAGAGUUUGCCAUUUAAGGACUGCAGUGUUAUUCUCAUUCAAGUUAGAUGCAUUGUUGCAAUUAUUUGUUUCAUGUUGUGACAAUCUAAACUCUGCUUCCUGUGAUGCUUGGGCAAAGUGUUUGUGGUCGCAUUAGUCUGAGCAAGGUUUAGUGAGUGCUGACAGUCGAACUGAUUAGGUUAAUGUCCGGUUCUGGCCAAGGGGUGUAUAUUAUGUUUGUGAAUACCCAUACAGCUCUGACAUGUGUUUAUUACUUCUGAAUCAGCUGACUAGCUGAAUGCUGCUGAUUGAAGCUCUUAAUAAGCUACAAAAUCUUAUUGUUUUAGUAAAGUGAUGUUUAAUAGAAGACUGAAAACAGUGCCAACACUUUCUAUUCAAAUAUACAACAAACAUAUAAUGCAAUAAUUUCAAUAAUUGACUGUUUCCUCACCCUGUGACAGCUGGGAUAGGUUCCAGCCCCCCUGCGACCCUGAAAUGGAUAAGUGGAAGAGGAUGAAUGGAAAGUCUCCUUGUAGGUUAUUCUGUAGCUGAAGAUUUUUCCCCUUGGAAUAGGAAGGAUAAAGAAUAAUUUCGCUACCCCCGUUUUAGUCUUAUUAAAGCAUGCCUCAACAAAAUCAAGAUUCAGGAAGCUUCACUGCAACACUAACAUUUCUACACUAGGAGAAAAGCACAUCAAUUGAGCGAUUCUUUGUUGAAAGAAUGAACAUAGCGGGCUAAACACACUCCAGGAUCUUAAGACUUAGAGAAUUACUUUGUCCCAACAAGACGAAACUCACUAUAUGUUAUGUGCAUUGUGUAUGGUUGAUAUGGCUAUAGUUAGCAUCUGUUUGCUGUUUUCCUACUUUAUGCUUACAUAUGCUGUACUUUAAUACACCUGAAUUCUCAAAAAAAAAAAAACGGCAUCCACAUAUUUUCUGCUGGAAGGACAAGCAUGAAAAACAAAAACAGCACAUUAAGACAAUUUUAAACCAGGACACUUUAAUGUCAUUUUCAUUCUUGCUUUGAACUGCUGAAAUCAUAACAGCAAUAUUUGACCAAGCCAGAACAUGUAUAUAGCCAACUUUGCUUACAUACACUGCCGUCUUGCUGGAGCAGAUAUUUCAGGGUGAGCUGGAUGGAUAUAAAGGAAUAUGGUAUAUAGAUUGUACCUAUACAUUUUACUGAAACAACAGUUUAGACAAUCAUAUAAUGUCAAAUGCACAUAAUUUUGGUGGGGUAGGUUCCUUUAACCAAACAAGACUUUUCCAAAAGAAAUAAAAACUGAUUUUUUUUUUUUUAAUAAGGAAAUGUUUAUUUACACUGCCUUGAUACUUCAAUUUUAUUUAUCUAGCACCAAAUCACAACAAAAAGUGACCUCAAGUAAUUCCAGCUACUCUGAAAAACAACUUAUUCAAGCUCAGUACUUUGACCUUUGAUUCAGACUGACAUAUUUGUAUGUUUAAUUAUUGAAGUAUAGCUUGCAAAAUUAUAAGACUGCUUGCUGAUGUUAAAAUGUUGUGUAUAGCCCUUGCUGUGGCUCCUGGGGGCUAACUGGGGCUCUUUAUGAUUAGAUUUGCAGGGGAUUUUCAUUGUAUUCCUCAUGCAAUAUUGCAUAUAUUAGCACAACAAAAAUAAAGCUAUAUACGUAGAAUUUUGUCUAGCUGUGGUUGUGUUCAGCCUGUGUUGCCAGUUGUGACAAUACUUAGGUUCAAUGAACGUGAGUACAGCACUCAAAAGGUUUCUUCAGGUAACACUUUGUUUCUCUCCCAAAACAAGCUUGUUACCUUCUUAGACCUUGUUUUAAAUGUAAAAAAAAACAAAACAAAAAAAAAAACUGUGUUGAAUACCAGAAUUAUAAUUAAUAAUGUGUCACGUAAUGCUGUAUGUGGCAGGCGGGAUUGGACCUAAUAUUGCAGCACUCCAGAAGCAUGACUUGACUAAAUACUCAGAUGUUGCCUAAAAAUAAAACUAACAACUCAGGAGGUCAGGAGA